CACGCUGUGUAUAACUCCCAGCAACUGACAGUUGGCCCAUCGGCUCACGGUGCAUCAAACCGAAAGUGUAUCUACAUUCAGCCAGUCCACUGUAUGUAUUCAGUGCAUACUGAUUCAUAUUCGGAGUGAUUGUUUGGAUACAGUGCGUGAUUCCUUCUAGUCCAUUCAGCCACUGAUAUUUGCGGAUUAUAAACGGAGUACACUUAAAAUGAACAUACGAGAGAGCGCAGAGUAGCAAAUUAGGAGGGUAGCGAGACUGACGAUGAGAGCUGUGUCGAGAUAAGUCAUAGUUCGUCCUCAAUGCGAAGGAGGAGAUCAGCCGGGAUGGGAGCUCCAUAUGGACAUGAUAUUCAAGUGGGCAGAUAAAACAAAAUUGGGUGAAAUCAUCCCGACUUCGAGUAGAUAAGCGAACGAGUACUGCAACGAGGAAGAAUCUUUCUGACUAUUGAAAAGUGAUAUAAAUAAUUCGCAAAAAUGGGGAAGUGUUGCAGUAAGAGACAGGAUCCUCAACCCCUAGUCUAUAACAAAAAAACCGAAGCAGCGCUCAGCUCUAAGAGCAAUGGAAACUCGAUGGAUUCACGAUACACGGCGGAUCCAAAUCAGAGUAGGGCUCAAGCGCGGGCCGACAUAAUACGGCCGAGGCACACACCGCGUAAGAUACCACAACCCCUUAACUCAACCUCACCCGUUGUUGUUUCACCAAUCCACAAUCCAAGGACAAACAAAAUUGUUGUGGCACUGUACAAUUAUACGGCGCGAGAGAGUACAGAUGUGAGUUUUGUAAAAGGCGAUCAGAUGGAGGUCCUGGAUGAUUCUGAGCCAGACUGGUGGAGAGUCUUACAUCUGAGAACCCUCCAAGAGGGCCUCAUUCCCUGGAAUUUCGUUGCAGUUGAGCGUUCCGUUGAGAGUGAAGACUGGUUCUUUGAGAACGUUUCGAGGAAGGAAGCCGGAAAAUUACUCCUCGUCGAUGAGAAUCCACGUGGAACGUUCCUGGUGAGGCCGAGUGAGCAUAACCCUCGGGGUUAUAGCCUUUCUGUCAAAGACUGGGAGGAGGGAAGGGGACAUCAUGUGAAACACUACAAAAUAAAGCCUCUGGACAAUGGUGGAUUCUUCAUCGCUACCAAUCAAACGUUCCCGACUCUACCAGCACUCGUAAUGGCCUACAGCAAAAAUGCUCUCGGUCUAUGCCACGUACUAUCGAAACCAUGUCCAAAACCUCAACCGGAUAUGUGGGAUCUCGGUCCAGAGCUCAGAGACAAAUGGGAAAUUAAUCGAAGUCAAAUCCAGUUGAUCAGAAAACUCGGUCAUGGAAACUUCGGUGAAGUGUACUACGGCAAAUGGCGGGAUAAAAUUGAAGUUGCUGUGAAAACCCUCAGGCCAGGAACAAUGUCAACGGAAGCGUUCCUCCAGGAGGCAGCAAUUAUGAAACAAUUCAGACAUCGACAUCUUGUCGCAUUGUAUGCCGUAUGCUCAAAAGAAGAACCUAUCUACAUUGUCCAAGAAUACAUGUGUAAUGGCAGUUUGUUAGACUUCCUCAGAACGGGUGAUGGAAAGUACAUGCAGUUCGAAGAUUUAAUUUAUAUCGCUGCGCAAGUUGCAUCGGGUAUGGAACACUUGGAGAGUAAACAAUUGAUUCACCGAGAUUUGGCCGCCAGGAAUGUCCUUAUCGGCGAGAAGAAUAAAGCUAAAAUUUGCGACUUUGGCCUCGCUAGGGUAAUUGAGGAUGACGAGUACUGUCCCAAGCAGGGAAGUCGAUUCCCCGUUAAAUGGACCGCCCCAGAGGCCAUAGUUUACGGCAGAUUCAGCAUCAAAAGUGACGUUUGGUCCUACGGAAUUCUCCUCAUGGAACUUUUCACUUACGGACAAGUACCUUAUCCAGGUAUGCACGGACGUGAAGUGAUUGAACAAGUCGACAAAGGAUACAGAAUGCCAAAACCACCGGGUCACCCACUGCCAGACAGCAUUUAUCGUCUAAUGUUACAAUGCUGGGACGCGUGUCCCGAAAAGCGGCCCACCUUCGAGUUCCUCAAUCAUUAUUUCGAGUCAUUCAAUGUGACAAGUGAAAUACCUUACCUAGAACCACCAACGGACUGAUACACGGCGCAGAUGUCGGCACAAAUGAUGCCGCACUAUGCUCACUAUCAUCCAGCUCAUCUUAAUUGUGCCAUGGAAUUCUACGGUAUUUAUUGUUGAACAAAAAAAGAAAGAAAGGGCGAUGACAGAGAAAAUAUUGUAAGAGAAGAUAGAUAAUAUUUGAUACCUCGAGUUUACACCGAGACCUCUUGAACAUUAUAUUUAUAUUCCUUCUGAUAUCGAAAAAACUUUUGGAAAAACACUGCCAGGUCUUUGCCAAUAAUUUGUAGUAGACUAAAUGUCGUUAACUCUCUGACACAAAACGCUGAACAAAGCGUUGACUUCAAAAGGGUUAAUGUCUAUUUCUCGUGAGUUUGACUGUUGAUUUCACAUUUUUAUGUAUAAAUGAGUGCCAUGACCACGUUUUCAUUCCACCAUCGGAAUUUUAUGAUUAUCACAUGUCGGGAAAGAAGAUGUGUGUCUUCAACUGAAAUUUUGGAGUUUUGAGAUUAAUAAUGAGGAGAAACAUUAAGGAAGUGGAGAUUAUACCUAAAGUUUAAUCAUUGCAAUUUUGUAAUAUCCCAUGAAGUUUUUAUGGCAGAGAGAAACCAAAAUAACCAUCAGAUUCUCUUGGACAAGAAUAUUGAUAACUUUCGUAUUAGUGACGGAUGCUAAGAAUGCGAAGGUAACUCGGGGGAUCGUUAGAACCGAUGUAUCUUGAAUCGGUGCCUUUGGGCAAUCUUUUUCGAGGAGAACUUCCUGAAGUUCCAUCAACGGUUCAUUUUGGAGUUGAAGUUUAGAGAUGAAACUAAAGACAAUGCGCUAUGAUUUUCAGAAGGCGAGACGUUCACGAGAACUUUCCCGGAAGUUGAUUCUUUAUGUAAAUUUCAACGGAGAUUCUCAUACAUUUCGAUUGUAUUUAUAUUUCAAGGCCCGGUUGGAUUAUCUUUCGAACGUGAUCUUGGUUGGUCUUUUAUUUUGACAAUCUGAAAUGAUAUCCAAUUGCUAUUCGGUUUUACAUAGCCCUGGAGUCUCAAAAUAUUGUUAUUGUACAAUA